GUGCCUUUUUUUUGUGUGUGUGUGUGUGACGUGGGAGCUUUGGAGAGUGAUUGAAUUUGUCUUGUGGCGGUGCAGGCACGGCGUCGAUGGUGGCUGCCAUUUGCCACGCCUGGCUCUUGGAUUACCGGCAGAAAGAAAAAGAGGGUGGCGUGGUGGUGGUGCCUGUCAUGAAUGUUAAGCGCGGCUCCAUGUGGAAGCUGAAGCAGGCUGCGUGGCUCUUUCACCAUGCUGGUCUUGAUGCCACUUCGUUGCUUUUCAUUGAUGAGGUGGACAUGGAAAGCCUUUUGAUGACUGGCCAACUGAGCGUCCUCGUGGUUGGACAAGAUGUCCUGAGCACUACUGGCGAGGUUGGAUCCCAAUGCACAGUGGUUACUGACAAUUACUGUGAAGAUGCCUAUGAUUUACUUGAAAACCCUGUUCUGAAGAAACUAUUGCUUGCCGGUAUUCUGCUUGACACACAGAAUAUAAAAUCAUCUGCAGCAAUAUCGAUGACAAGAGAUGCAGAAGCAGUCCAGUUGUUAUUGGCUGGCUCAGUCCCAAAUUACAGAUAUGCAUUAUUCGAUCAAUUGAUCCAAGACCAGGGAACUGCUUCUUUUAUCGAAGCUUUGAACCAUAGUUACGGGAAAUCUCCGACUGAAAGUGAAGAAAACAGUGAAGGAAAGACGAAGAAUAAAGUUCGCGAGAGAAAGUCAAGCUCUGUAUCUGAUCGCGAACCCACCAUAUCAAGUUCAAAAACAAAUUCCUCCGACACAAGAAGUUCUAAAGCUUUCAAGGUUUCCCCAAAUCCAGUCAAACUCGUUACGCCACCUUUGCUAUCUCCUUCUCCAGCUCCAACACCACAACAUGCGGAAAAGGAGGCCCCACGUGGCAAAAACAAGUUCUUCUUGGCAAGGUGGUUUGGUUUUGGUUCAAAAUGA